UUGACAGCACAGCAAACCCAAGCAGAUAGUAAACAUAUAAUCAGUGAUUGUGUUGAAAUUAUUGUAUUUUUCACUUUAAAAUGGGAAAAGUGCUAUUAAAUAAUAUAGAAAUUUGCCAAAAAGAUUUUAAAAAUAUUAAACAAAUUGAGGAAUGUAUAGCUGACUGCCUCGCAUUGCAUUGGAAUGAAUAUUUCUUAAUUCAAAAUGGAAAAAAGCUAUGCAAUGAUGACAUUUUAUCUGAGGGCAACAUACAUUGCCAGUUGCGUUUAUUGGGUGGGAAAGGUGGAUUCGGAUCUAUGUUACGGGCCAUUGGAGCACAGAUUGAAAAAACAACGAACCGAGAAGCUUGUAGGGACUUAAGCGGUCGACGCUUACGUGAUAUUAAUGAAGAAAAACGUUUAAAAGCCUGGUUGGAAAAGCAAGGUGAACGAGAGCGAGAAGCAGAGGAGAGAAAGAAACGUAAAGUAGAGAAGUUAUUGUCUGUUCCUAAACACGAGUUCAAGGACGAAUGCUACGAGAAAACUCGUGCAACUAUGACAGAUAAGGUGAACGAUGCUGUGGAAGAAGGUCUAAAAAAAGCACAUGAACAACAAAAUGUUGACACAGAAAAAGUGCCUAUUAAACGUAAAGUCAAUACAACGACAACCAAAAAUAAAAAAUCAGCAUUAUGGAUUGGCGAUGAUAUAUCAAGUUCUGAUAGCACUUCUGAAGACGAAGAUACUGUACCAGAAAAAAAACAAAAACUAUCAACAUAAAAUAUUUAAAUAAAGUAAAUUUAAAAGUAA